UCAUUCACCGCGAGAGAAUGUGUGAGUGGCAUUACUGUUAAGAAGCAGAAAGUCAACACGUGCCGCUUAGCAGUAGUUUAACAAAUAGCUUGGUAUUAAUUGAGAGAUCAUGGGUAAAAUUAAAAGAAAACCACAACCCAAGCCUGUAGAGCAGGAUUCAGAUAGUGACUCCAGCUUUGCGGAGGAGGAAAUUGUGGAGGAGCAGCCGCAAGGUCCAGUCACUGACAGUAGCGAUGACAGCGACAUAGAAAUGGACCAAAAGUCAGCUAAAAAGAAAGGAAAAAAUGAAGAAGAGAAGGUAGAAGGGGAACCAGGCUUUGGUGAUGAUGAUGAUGAUAACGAUGAUGACGAUGAUGAUGGCGACGACGAUGAUGAUGACGACAGCGAUGAUGAUGAUGAUAAUGACGAUGACAAAAAGAAGGCGCGCCUCCCAGUGCUUAAUCCUCUUAGCUUAAUGAAAAACAAAGAACAGCGUAUGGCGCUCUUUCGUAAAAUGAAAAAGGAGAAACAUAAGAAAAAGAUGCAGGAGCGACGAGCACGUCGCAAGGCAGGAUUACCAGCCAAUCCGGGUCACACUAUUGAAAGUUUGCGUGAAAAGGAUCAAACUGAGGUGAGUAAUCUCAACGAUUCAGACAAUGAAGAGCUGCGCAAGGAGCUGGAGUUGGACGAUUUCAGUACGUAUUUCGAGCGCAUCUACGAGCCUAAGGUGCUAAUCACAUUCGCCGACAAUCCAGUAACAAAGACUCGCAAAUUUGGGCUCGAACUGUCGCGUAUAUUUCCCAAUGCUCUGGUGAAGAUACGCAACAAGGCUUCGGUAAAGAAGAUCUGCAAGAGUGCCGAACGGGAACAGUUUACGGAUGUUGUUAUUGUGAACGAGGAUAGACGCAAGCCCAAUGGUUUGUUGGUCAUUCACCUGCCGAACGGGCCGACUGCUCAUUUCAAGCUUUCGAAUGUGAAAUUGACAUCAGAUAUCAAGCGGAAUCACAAGGAGAUCACAAAGCACCGACCCGAAGUAAUAUUGAAUAAUUUUACAACUCGAUUGGGCUUAACAGUGGGUCGAAUGCUGGGCGCGCUCUUCCAUCACGAUCCGGAGUUCCGGGGUCGACGAGCGGUUACCUUUCACAACCAGCGAGAUUAUAUAUUCUUUCGUCAUCAUCGCUACGAGUUCUCCAAGGAAGGCAAAAAAGUUAAGCUGCGGGAGUUGGGGCCACGUUUUACACUCAAGCUGCGCUCCCUCCAGGAAGGCACAUUCGAUAGCAAGACGGGCGACUACACCUGGAUCAUUAGCAACAAACGACAUGCCAUGGAAUCCAGGCGUCGUUUCUUCCUCUAAUUUAAGAAUAAUUUCCUUUUAAUUUCUUUUAAAUGUGAAUAUUUUGUAUUUCGUAGAGAACAUAAAUACAAUUUAAG